CGACAUUUGACUAGCUUCAAGUAAAACAAAACGCAACGAUUUAAAAGAUGAAAAUUGUUUUGGUUUUAUUCAGUGUAGUGGGUCUCAGCUUUGCAGCUUUAGACAUUCCCGACCAUUUAAGAGCCCCGUUGAAAACUUUGCGCAAAGCAUGCGUAGCCGAAACGGGCGUAGAGGAAAAGUACAUAGAUGAAAGCAGACAUGGACACUUGAGUGAUGCACCUGGAAUGGGAUGCUAUAUCAAUUGUUUGAUGGAACAUUCGGGAAUGGUUGAAGAAGACGGUCGAAUCCAUUUUGAUGACAUUAUGCACUUACUCACACCAGAAACAAGGGAAACUGUCAUAAAAGUCGUGAAUGAAUGUCAAACAAAACAUGGAAAUACAAGAUGUGAAACCGCCUGGAUGACUGUUCAAUGCUAUUAUCAAGUUGCUCCAGAGGAUGCUGAACUUCCAUGAUUCCACUACGUUCGGAUUUAUUCUUCUUAUUACGAUUUUAUUAUUUUAUUCUAUGAUUUUAUUGCAUUAUCCAAGCACAAUUGAAAUUCAUCAUCAAUAAAUAAAUUUUUAACCAAA